UUUGCAUUUCAUCGAUGUUGACACAAUCUAUUAUGUAGAGGUGAAGUGUGAUAAAAGUUUAUCGUUUUUAAAUAUUAGCGUUUUGCUCAGAAAACAGUUAAGAGUAUAGUUUUUAAGUUCGUGCUUCGAUGGGUACUGGAGAAGAAACCGAAAGUCUCGUGUCGCAAGGACAUGAUACCUCCAAAGGAUAUGGAACUCUUCCAAAGAAUGAACCAAGUGAUCAGUCUGUACAUCAAAAAAAGAAAAGGAAGAAAGUUCAAAUUGCCAAGGAAAAAAAAUCUCAGAAAGAAAAAAUAUCACUAUGGUCUUUGUUCUACUACAGUAAGCCAUUAGAUGUCUUUUUCAUGAUUUUGGGGACUUGCGCUGCUAUUAUAAACGGCGCUGGAUGGCCUUUACUAGCAAUUGUAUUUGGAUCAAUGACAAAUACAUUUUUAACUCAAUCACCUUCACCUGUUACAGUUUCAUACUCGAAUACCUCAUUUUUCAAUGAUUCAGCUUCAAUGCAGAUUUUCGGAAAUCAAACUACUCCUGAUUUUGAAGAAGUAAUGACUACGUUCUCUUUAUAUUAUGUUUACAUUGGAAUUGCUGUGUUUAUAGCCUCUGUAACUCAGAUCUUAUUGUGGAUGAUGGCUUGUGAAAGGCAAGUUUACAUCAUGAGACAAGAAUUUUUCUACCAAGUUUUACGACAUGAAAUAGCAUGGUUUGAUAAAAAUCAAAGUGGAGAGCUAACAGCAAAACUUAAUGACGAUCUAGAACGUGUGAGAGAAGGGAUUGGAGAUAAAUUCAGCAUGUUAAUACAGUUUGGUUCAACAUUCGUUGCUGGAUUUAUAGUUGGAUUCAUUAAAGGAUGGCAAUUAACACUGGUUAUUAUGUCAUUAACACCUUUAUUAGCAUUGUCAUCUGCAUUCUUAGGAAAGCUGGUAGCAAGUUCAUCUGCCCGUGAACAACAAAAGUAUGCAGUGGCUGGUGGAAUAGCUGAAGAGGUUUUGUCUAGUAUAAGAACAGUCACGUCUUUCAAUGGUCAAGAGAGAGAGGUAAAGAGAUAUCAUGCAGCUUUGCUUGAUGGCAUGAAUGUAGCUAUUCGAAAAUAUGUUUACAUGGCGUUUGGAAUUGGGUUUACUUUUCUUGUUUUGUAUGGCUCAUAUGCUGUGGCCUUUUGGUAUGGUGCACAGUUGGUAAUUGACGGAAAAAUGACUGCAGGAGAUGUUUUCUCAGUAUUUUUUGCUGUAAUGAUUGGAUCAUUUUCACUGGGAAAUGCAAUGCCACAUUUAACAACUGUUGCAACAGCUAAAGGAUCUGCUGAGAAAAUAUUUGAUAUCAUCAAAGCAGUACCAAAAAUUGAUCCAUAUUCUAGAGAAGGCAUACACCCAACCCAAUUCACUGCAGACAUCGAGUUUAAUAAUGUUUAUUUCAAUUAUCCAUCAAGAAAAACAGUCAGAAUCCUGAAAAAUUUUUCACUGAAAAUCAAAGAGGGACAAACAAUUGCUCUUUGUGGUCCGAGUGGAAGUGGAAAGUCUACUAUUGUUAAUUUGAUUUUACGAUUUUAUGACCCUAAUAAGGGAACUGUAACGCUCGGAAAUUUUGGACUUCCAUCUCUUAAUGUUCAUUGGCUUCGAUCUAAAAUUGGAUUAGUGAGUCAAGAGCCGGUACUUUUUUCUGGAACAAUAGCAAAAAAUAUUGAAUAUGGUCAUCAAGGCGUGGUAUUUACUGAUAUUGUUGCUGCAGCAAAAAUGGCAAACGCUCAUGACUUCAUUGUACAACUUCCAAAAGGAUAUGAUACAUUAGUUGGAGAAAGGGGUGCUCAAUUAUCUGGUGGCCAAAAACAAAGAAUUGCCAUUGCAAGAGCUUUAGUUCGCGAUCCGAGGAUUUUACUUUUGGAUGAAGCUACUUCAGCUCUUGAUGCUGAAAGUGAAGCUAUAGUACAACAAGCUCUCGAUAAAGCCCAAGAAGGGAGAACUACUGUGGUUAUUGCUCACCGUCUUUCAACUAUAAGAAAUGCGGAUGUUAUAUGCGCAAUGGAAAAUGGAGAAAUUAAGGAAAAAGGGACUCAUGAUGAAUUGAUGGCAAAACGUGGUAUCUACUACCAAUUAGUUACAAAUCAGAUAUUUGCCGAAGAAAAUGAUGUAUGCUCAUCGGAACAGGAUGUUAAAGUUGGUGCUGAAUUCGAUAUUCCUGUAAUGAGGAGAAAACGCUCAAGUGCUGCUAGAGCUAUUCAUGAAAGUCAUAGACUGAUUAGUCGGUUAGAAAGUGAAGUAAAGGAGGAAAAUGUGGAUAUACCUUCAGGCUUUCAGAUUCUGAAGCAAAGUAAGCAAGAGUGGAAAGAAAUUGUUGUCGGUUCUCUAGCUUCAAUUGUGACUGGUGUAGUUAUGCCCACGUAUGCAAUUUUUUACAGUGAAAUUUUUAGAACAUUUACCUUGACGGGAAAUGCUCUAAGGAAGUCUGCAUUCUUUUGGUCCAUGAUGUUUUUAGUAUUGGCAGUUGUAACAAUGUUAGGUCAUUUUUUUAGAGCUAUAGGGUACUCUUUUGCUGGGGAACAAUUAACUAUGAAAUUAAGAUAUAAGGCCUUUACGAAUAUAAUUCGACAAAAUAUUGGUUGGUUUGAUGAUAGUCGGCAUACAUCAGGGAAAAUUUCUACCAGACUUGCAACUGAUGUGCCUAUGAUAAAAAGCGCUGCUGGAAUCCGGAUUGGAACUGUAAUUUCUGCUCUUGUAACUUUAGCAGCAAGUAUAACUAUAGCUUUUAUUUUUGGAUGGAAACUUGCUUUGGCCUUGCUUGUAGCUAUUCCAAUUCUUCUAAUCUGUGGUGCACUUCAAAUGAAAACAAUGAAAGGAAACCAAAAAAGAGAUGCAGAACUAAUGGCUGAUGCUGGAGAUGUUGCAUGUGAAACAGUUGAAAAUAUAAAAACAGUCCAAAGUCUUACGCUCGAAGAAACGUUUUAUGAAAGAUAUGUGGGCCAUCUUUUAAUCCCAUUUAUGGAAAAUAAGAAAAAUGCCAAAGUUUAUGCCUUAGCCUUUGCAAUGUCACAAGCAAUAAUGUUUUUCACCUAUGCAGCAGCGUUUCGAUUGGGAGCAUUUUUAGUAGCUAGAAAUGACAUGGUAGCUGUGGAUGUAUACAGAGUAUUUUUCGCCAUGGCUUUCAGUGCCGUUUCGGUAGGACAAUGGUCUUCUUACCUACCUGAUUAUGCGAAGGCAAAAUUAUCUGCGGGACUCAUAUUCAAUUUGAUAAAUAUGGAACCAUCAAUUGACAGUAGUAGCAAAGGAGGAAUAAAACCUGAAAUUAAAGGGAAGGUUACAUUUAAAGAUGUUUUCUUUCGUUAUCCAAGUCGAAAAAAUAUUCUUAUUCUUCGUGGUAUAAAUUUAACUGUUGAACCUGGACAAACUCUUGCUUUAGUUGGAACUAGCGGCUGUGGAAAAAGUACACUCAUAUCUCUUUUGGAGCGAUUUUAUGACCCGGAAACAGGGAAAGUGUUAGUAGAUGAUUUUGAUAUCAAGACUAUAAAUCUGAAAUACCUCCGAAGUCAAAUGUCAUUAGUAAGUCAAGAGCCAACUUUGUUUAAUUGUUCAAUACGAGAUAACAUAGUUUAUGGAAUUGAAGAUAAAGUCAGUCAAGUUGAAAUUGAAAAUGCUGCUCGAAUUGCUAAUGUUCAUGAAUUCAUAAUAGGUCUGCCUUUGGGAUAUCAGACAAUGGUGGGAGAAAGAGGAACACAACUGUCUGGUGGACAAAAGCAACGUGUAGCUAUAGCACGUGCUAUAGUUAGGAAUCCAAAGAUACUAUUGCUUGAUGAAGCAACAUCAGCUUUAGAUACUGAAAGUGAAAAGAUUGUUCAACUAGCUCUUGAUAAAGCACGUGAAGGAAGAACUUGCAUUGUUAUAGCCCAUAGAUUAUCUACAGUCCAAGGAGCUGAUUGUAUAGCUGUGAUUGACCACGGAAAAGUCGUAGAAAUUGGAACUCACAAAGAACUUGUGAAUAAAAAAGGAUUCUACUACAAGCUUAUUAAAAAACAAUAUAAUUUGAUUUCUAUUAAAGUUAAGAAAAGUUUACCGUCAAGAAAUGUUUACAUAUUUUUUGCUUUAAUGGGCGUUAAAGAAGAAUCCCAAAAUCUUGUGUUUCAAGAUGAUAAUUACAAGAAUUAUGGAACUAUAUAUACAUCGGAAGAAAAGAAAAGAAAGAAAUCUAAAACCAAAAAAGGAAAGAAAUCCUCAGAAGCUAAGAUUUCUAUAUGGCAAUUGUUUCGGUACAGUAAGCCACUUGACAUCUUCUUCAUGAUACUUGGCUCACUUUCUGCUGUUAUCAAUGGAGCAGGAUGGCCAUUGCUGGCCAUAGUGUUUGGAUCGAUGACAAAUACGUUUUUAACACAAUCACCUACAUCAUUUUCAACUUCAUAUGUGAACAAAUCAUUUUCAAAUAACUCAGACUCGUUCAUGGAAUCAAGUGCAUAUGAAAAGUCACAAGCUUUAGUCUUUGAAGAAAUGAUGACUAUGUAUUCAUUAUACUAUGUAUAUAUUGGAAUAGCUGUGUUUAUUGCCUCUGUAACUCAGAUUUUAUUAUGGAUGAUGGCAUGUGAAAGACAAGUAUAUGAGAUGAGGCAGAAAUAUUUCUACCAAGUUUUACGACAUGAAAUAGCAUGGUUUGACAGCCAUCAAAGUGGAGAUUUAACAGCAAAAUUAAAUGAUGAUUUAGAACGUGUGCGAGAAGGUAUUGGUGACAAAUUCAGUAUGUUAAUUCAAUACGCAUCAACAUUUGUAGCUGGUUUCAUUGUCGGGUUCAUAAAAGGAUGGCAAUUAACAUUAGUCAUUAUGUCCCUAACCCCAUUAUUGGCAUUAUCGUCAGCCUUCAUUGGAAAGAUGGUUUCCACCUCCUCAUCUCGAGAACAGAAAAAAUAUGCUAUAGCUGGCGGUAUAGCUGAAGAAGUUUUGUCCAGCAUCAGAACUGUAACUGCAUUUAAUGGUCAAGACAGGGAAAUUAAAAGAUACCAUGAUGCUUUACUGGAUGGUAUGAAUAUUGCAUUGAAAAAGUAUAAAUACGUAGGAUCCGCAUUUGGAUUUACAUUUUUAGUUUUAUAUGGAUCCUACGCUCUCGCAUUUUGGUAUGGUGCCAAGUUGGUUCUUGACAAUAGCAUGACAGCAGGAGAUGUUUUCUCUGUUUUCUUUGCUGUUAUGAUAGGAUCUUUUUCUCUUGGAAAUGCCAUGCCACAUUUAACUAGUGUUGCAACUGCAAAAGGCUCGGGUGAAAAAAUAUUUGAUAUCAUUGAAACAGUACCCAAAAUUGACCCAUAUUCAAAAGAAGGAAUAAAGCCAGAUGCUUAUACAGCAGACAUAGAAUUUCAUGACGUGCAUUUUAACUAUCCGACAAGGAAAGGAGUUAAAGUGUUAAAAAACUUUAGCCUUACAGUAAAGGAAGGUCAAACUAUUGCUUUAUGUGGAGCAAGUGGAAGUGGAAAGUCAACAAUUGUGAAUUUGAUAUUACGAUUUUAUGAUCCGAAUCACGGAAUGAUAACUUUGGGUAAUUAUGAUCUCCAAUCCUUAAAUGUUCAUUGGUUACGGUCAAAAAUUGGAUUAGUUAGUCAAGAACCUAUACUUUUUGACGGAUCCAUUUUUGAAAAUAUUGAAUAUGGUCACCAGGGUGUUUCUUUUUCUGAAGUCGUUGCUGCUGCAAAGAUGGCUAAUGCUCACGAUUUCAUUAUUCAACUUCCAAAAGGCUAUGACACUUAUGUUGGUGAAAGAGGUGCUCAGCUAUCAGGUGGACAAAAACAACGAAUAGCAAUUGCUCGUGCGUUAGUCCGCGAUCCAAGAAUACUUCUUUUAGAUGAAGCUACUUCAGCGUUGGAUGCAGAAAGUGAAGCAAUCGUUCAACAAGCUCUAGAUAAAGCCCAGCAAGGAAGAACAACAGUUGUUAUUGCUCACAGGUUGUCAACAAUAAAAAAUGCUGAUGUUAUUUGUGCUAUGGAAAAUGGUGAAAUAAAAGAGCAAGGAACACACGAAGAAUUAAUGGAAAAACAUGGUAUAUACUAUCAGUUAGUCAUUAAUCAAGUAUUUGCUGACGAAGGCGAGAUUCAUUCUUCGGAGCAAGAAAGUAAAAGUGCCGCUGAAUAUUCGAUGAGAUUGGCUAAGAAACGUUCUAGUUCAGUACGGGCUAUUCCAGAAAGUUUUAGAUUACUUAGUCGACUUGAAAGCGAAGUUAAAGAAGAAAAUAUUGAAAUUCCUACAGGAUGGGAAAUUCUCAGAAAAAGCAAACAAGAGUGGAUGGAAAUAGUGUUUGGUUUAUUCGCAGCAGUGAUAACUGGUAUUGUAAUGCCGGCCUAUGCAAUAUUCUAUAGUGAAAUUUUCAAUACUUUUACUAUGACUGGAGAAGCUUUAAGACAAUCAGCAUUCUUUUGGUCCAUGAUGUUUUUAGUGCUUGCUAUAGUAGCAUGCUUAGGUUAUACAUUUAGGACAAUAGGAUUCUGUUAUGCUGGGGAAAAAUUAACUAAAAGAUUGAGGACUAAGACGUUUAUAAACAUUCUCAGGCAAGAUAUUGGAUGGUUUGAUGAUGCCAAACAUUCUACUGGGAAAAUUUCUACGAGACUUUCGACAGAUGUUCCUAUGGUUAAAAGUGCUGGUGGUAUUAGAAUUGGAUCAGUAUUAUCUGCAAUAGUAACGUUACUAUCAAGUAUUGUCAUAGCUUUUAUAUUCGGAUGGAAACUAGCUCUUGCAUUAAUGCUUGCAGUUCCUCUUUUACUACUCUCUGGGGUGCUUCAAAUGAAAACACUAAAAGGAAAUCAAAAAAGAGAUGCUGAACUGAUGGCUGAUGCUGGAAAUGUCGCAUGUGAAGCCAUCGAAAAUAUCAAAACUGUUCAAAGUUUAACUCUAGAGAAAACAUUUUACGAAAGAUAUGUAGAGAAACUUUUGGUUCCAUUCAAAGAAAACAAGAAGAAUGCGAAUGUAUAUGCUCUUUGUUAUGCGUUUUCACAAGCAAUAAUGUUUUUCACCUAUGCUGCAGCAUUUCGAUUCGGUGCAUAUUUGGUUGCCCGAAAUGCCAUGGUUCCAGUUAAUGUUUACAGAGUAUUCUUUGCCAUGGCUUUUAGUGCUGUUUCAGUUGGACAGUGGUUCUCUUAUCUCCCAGAUUAUGCUAAAGCUAAGUUAUCUGCAGGGCUAAUUUUUCAUUUGAUGAGUUUAGAGCCACCUAUUGAUAGUGAUAGCAAAGGAGGAAUUAAACCUGAAAUUAAAGGUAAAGUAAAAUUAAUAAAUGUUUCGUUUCGUUAUCCAAGUCGGAGGAAUAUUCUUAUUCUCAGAGGAAUCAAUUUAACUGUUGAUCCAGGAAAAACGUUAGCAUUAGUUGGAACAAGUGGAUGUGGCAAAAGUACAAUUAUUUCUCUUCUUGAAAGAUUUUAUGAUCCAGAAACAGGAAAAGUUAUGAUUGAUGAAUUUGACAUAAAAAUUAUGAAUCUGAAAUAUCUACGAAGCCAGAUGUCUCUUGUAAGUCAAGAACCAACUUUAUUUAAUUGUUCAAUAAAGGAUAAUAUUAUUUAUGGAAUAGAAGGCAAAGUCAAUCAGGCUGAUAUUGAGAAGGCUGCUCGAAUUGCUAACAUCCACGAUUUUAUAAAACAACUUCCUAAAGGAUAUCAAACAAUGGUUGGAGAAAGAGGAACGCAGCUGUCAGGUGGACAAAAACAACGUGUUGCAAUAGCUAGAGCAAUAGUUAGAAAUCCAAAGAUACUUCUGCUGGAUGAAGCAACAUCCGCUCUCGAUACGGAAAGUGAAAAGAUCGUUCAAGAAGCACUUGAUCAAGCACGAGCUGGCAGAACAUGCAUUGUUAUUGCUCACAGAUUAUCCACUAUACAAGGAGCUGAUUGCAUUGCUGUAAUAGAUCAUGGAAAAGUUGUAGAGAAAGGAACUCAUAACGAAUUGCUGAACAAGAAAGGAUUUUACUACAAACUGGUCAAAAAGCAAUUUAAAUGAAAAUUAAUUACAUUCGAAUGUCCUUGUGUAGAUUUAGUUAAAUAAAUUAUAAAGUUGUUAAAAA